AUGGCACCGGAAUCAUCCCAGACAGGAAGGAACACUGGCCCCCAUUGCCUCUUCAAAAACUGGCGCCUAGGCCCGGAAAAGCUCCCAGACACUCACAUCAACAACGUCCUCCUCGCAGGAUACUCACGCUUCGGCAACAAGACGCCCAAGGAGUUCAUUGACAGAUGGUACCCGAACAACACCACACAAGCCCAAUGGCCCAACCCCCAAUGGGACGGCUUCCUCUCCGGCCCUCCUCAACAGCUUACCAUCCUCCGCCCAACCCCCGGGACGAAAGUUCUCAUCGACCGCUUCGGCAAGGAAGACACGCCCUACUUCGCCCCCUUCAACACCGCCUUCGCCAACCGCAGCCUCUCCCCGGCCAGCCUCAACUUCACGAUCACCCCCGAAGCCGAGCUCGCCCGCAGGGUCGACGACUCCGACGCGGACAUGUACCGCGUGUACGAGAUUGCGAAGCCGUUUGAGGUCUUUGCGGGCGCUUGUGCGCCCGGGUUCGAGCAGCCCGGCGGCGGGACGCAGUAUGUUGUUAAGGACAGGACGAGUGCGAGAGGCUUGGUUGAGGGGGGGUUCUUGAGAAGGCUGAGGUGGGAGGAGGUUGUUGCUUUGUAUAAGGGUAUCGUGGAGGGAGAGGAUCGUGGCUAG